UAAACGAACAUGAAGUGGCUUUUUCCGUCUCCUAGUAACAAACAGGCGGAUUCAUUGGCGCCGAACAAAAAAAAAAAGGUGCGCAUGCCCAGUGAAAUCAGUUGUGCCAAAACUAAAAGGGAUGUCUUAGUUGUAUCGUUGAAGUGCUUGCGAGACGAAUCGUAAUUUAUUAGCGAUAUCGGGUGUUAUAUAUCGUUAUUUUUGCUUCCAGUUAUUUUGUUAUGUUCUGUUGCAAAAACGUGUAAAUAGCUAGAUCUGUUAACACGUUUUGAUUUCAUGCGUUAACUCGUUGGCGAAUUACAAUGAGCUAACUGGCUGUUUACAGUCUCCUAGCUGUCUAAGAUGUCAAUGUUGGGUUGCACAGCAGUAAACCAGGGUCCGCAUAUUGGACUGCAGCAGCUGGCGGCGUUAGCUGCAGCGGCAAAUGCCUUCUUGGGUCCCAAUAAAAAGUGCAAAAUCGUGGAUGGCCAGGAGAGCGGGGAGUCCAGCCUGGUGUGCUCCUCCUUCCGUCUACUGGUGCAGUUGGAUCUGAGCUGCGCAGCUGGACAACUGCUCAAUGAGACUACACAGGCACACCAGAAGGCGUUUGGCACAGGAACUGGCUGCCUGCUGUUCAUGGCGGGAGUCUGGAGCACGACGGCUGUGGAGUGCCUCCAGGAGGGGGUACCUGUUCAGCACAUAGUGUCGGCUAUGUUGGAGGGGCUGGACUCAUGCUUGGAAGCAAGCAGGGGAAUCCGCCUGCCAAUCAAGGAGGCUGUCCGCCAUUUUGGCUCUGGAGGGGAUAAACGACUGGACAAGCACAGAGAUCCCAAGAGCAUUGAAAAAGCGCAGAAGGGCGAGACUUGCGAGCCACAAGCUGACUUGAGGGGAAAAGCGAACAUAAAACUGACGCACAGCAGGCAUUUCGGCUUGGGUGAAAGGACAGAGACAGGAAGCUUUGUACCAGGGAUGAUGUCAUCAUCAUCAUCAUCACUUUCAGGGAAGCCUGAACCCCUGGAUGUUACCCGCCUUGCUGUCUCUGUGAGUCACGGUUGCGAGGAUGGGAUGAGUCUGGUUGUUGAAGCCUACAGAAUUCAGACAGAGAGUAGCAGGGUAGACGGCGGCCGUGGGAUGUUUGACCUCGACAAACUGGUAACGUGUGUCCUGCCUGGGCUGCCUGAGGGCUGUUCCUGCACCCUCCACGGGUUCCUCACUCUCGUCUCCGAGGAGCAGGCUCCAACCGCUAAAGGCCUAGAGGGCCAAAGUCUGCGUGUGGCUGUCAUCAAUGGUGACCUUACCAAGAGUUACCACCACCUGGGCUUCAGCAGGCCGACUGAUGUUCGGCACAUGACCGGAAAACUAGAUUGUCUGGGGUUCCAUUCAGAGAGCGAUUGGGCCCGGAAAGCAUUGACGACUCUGCAGCGGCUGAAGGUGGAUGUGCUCCUGGUUGGUGGAAUGGUUGCAGAGGGUCUACGCCAGAGUUGUGUUGAGCAAGGCCUCCUAGUGAUCGAGAGGGUGAUGCGUGGCGUCUUGCGUGACUUCGCUGAAACUACAGGAGUCAUGCCGGUCACCUAUCUGUCUCAGCUGGAUGAGGACUGCAUAGGCAAAGGGGCAAGGGCAUUCAUGUGGCGGGAAUGUGGAAAAGCUGUGGCUGUUAACAUUCAGGCAAAUGCAACCCGGCUUGUGACGGCGGUAAUCACUAGCUGUGUUAGCAGUAAGCUACAGAUGUUGGAGGACCGAUUCUGGGGCUGUGCCCACCGCCUUUAUCACGCAAUGGAGGAUGGCCACGUCCUGCCUGGUGCGGGGGGCACCGAAAUUCUCUGCGCCCACCAUCUUAGAGAACUCUCAAAACCUGAUGGCAACCGGACACACCCACUGGGAGACUCAAACCCGUAUAGGGGUGUGGUGCUCCAGUGCAUGGCGGAAGGGUGGGUGGAGUAUGUGGCUACAGUGAUGUGGAACUCCGCAGCGGUUCCCUCAAAGCUGGAAGCCUGGACGGUUAUUGACCAGUCUCUGAAGGGCUUGGGGGCUGGGACAUUACCAUGGACCCGCCUCUCGGAGCAUCUCCACGGUGAUGGAGGACAUCUUGCAGUCGUCUACGACAACGUGGAGGCAAAGUUGGAAGCCUGGAGGAAGGCCUUAGAUCUGGUCCUUCUGGUGCUUCAAACUGACACCGAGAUCAUCACUGGCUUCAGCACCAAAGAUGCCAAGCAGGAAUCCCAUCUCAUGUUGCUUUAAGAAUAUUUUUCAAAAAUGCUUAUGAAUGAAUAUAGUUUGUCUUUUGUUGGGAGCUUGUUUUUAAUACAUUGAGUCUUGCUUGCCCAUACUUAACAUAAAAACACAUUUGAAAACGGCAACACAACUGCAGACCACUGGGCCUAGAGCUUUUUGUGUAGUUUAUAGAUGAUAGUGUAGUCUAAAAAGAAUUUAGAAAAUUUUUUAAUAUUUCCAAGAUUUAUAUUUUUCUAGCUCUUUUACUGCACCAAGCGGAGUGCACUGUCUGUAAGUACUGGUGCCACCACAAGAUGGAGACAAAAGUUUGUGCACACUAGUGUUGCACAACCUCUUACCCAGUAAAUAGAUGUUCUGUUUGACAUCCCACUGAAGGGAAAUUGUCUGAAGAAGUGCAGUUAGUCAGAGGAAGAGGGAAAUUUGUUAAGGAUAUAAACAACCUUACAUGACGCAACAAACGGUCUUUCAUCCACUAAGUUGUAAGAUCCAUUGUUCACACUUCGGAUCGUUUGUGGUGCUCAUUAAUACAUGGGUGGCAAAACCUGUGGGUGACAUUAGUAUCAUUAUUUACCUCCUUUAUGAAUGUUUGUGCAAUUUCUGUUCUUUUUAAAGGAUUUAUUCACUCCUGCACAUAAGUACACUUGUCAAACAAACUGUAUUCUCUUAGCCAAUGUGCUGUCUCUUCACUUAAACACAAACAUGAAGUUUGAAGAAGGGGCGACAUUUAAAUUUGCACGUCAGCUUUGGCUUUAAAGUGCCUGUGCCCUUCCCGUCAGGUGACAGAAUGCUGAGUGAUGUAAAAACAUACAGCAUUCAUUAGCUUGCUCACGAUCACUCAUCAAAAAGGCAUAGAGCGUUACCUUCCUCUUCCAAUUUAUUAAGUUUUGUGUUUCCUGUAAAUACUGUAAACUGAAAUAUUUCUUUGAUGAACUUACAAACAGCACAUAAAGUUAAUCAAAGAAGCAAAAGGAGUAAGCUAUCAAACAACUGUGCACAGCCAGACUGCCUAUUCA